AUGACUAUCACAACCAAGAGCGAGAAGGCCGUGGAUGUCCUGACCAUUGAUGCUCAAUGUCUGAAAAAGCUCUUGGAAAAUGGUGAUGUGACAAGCCUCGGCCUCGUCGGCCAAUAUCUGGCUCAAAUUGAGAAGCACGACGGCAAGCUUCAUGCCAUGAUCCAGACAACUCCGAAGGACCUACUCGAGGCAACAGCCAAAUUGCUUGACCAGGAGAGAGCAGCUGGGAGGAUCCGUGGUCCAUUGCACGGAAUUCCUAUCCUUAUUAAGGACAACAUUGCUACUCACCCAGAUCUCGGUCUUCCAACUAGUGUCGGGAGCCUUGCUUUGCUCAAUUCUAAGCCGCGGAAAAAUGCGAAAAUCAUCGAUCAAAUCAUUGCUGCGGGACUUAUCAUCCUUGGCAAGGCUAAUUUAGCCGAAUUUGCAAAUGCCCGAGGCUCCGAUAUGCCAAACGGCUGGUCUGCAGUUGGCGGCCAAACGCAAUCCGCUUAUGUUCGCGGUGGGAUUGACCCGAAUGACUCGCAUGAUGGACACUCGAACCCCUCGGGAUCGUCGACUGGUUCCGCCGUCUCCGUUUCUGCUGGGUAUGCGCCGUUCUCAAUCGGGACCGAGACAGAUGGAUCCCUUACUAUUCCCGCUGGCCGCGCGGCACUCUACACGAUCAAGCCAACAAUCGGCCUUGUUUCCUCAAGUGGUAUCGUGCCUAUCUCCACCAAGUUUGACUCGGCCGGGCCCAUGACCAAGUCGUCAUACGAUUUGGCGGCUCUCUUGGAUGUCAUUACCGCGAGAGAUCCCUCAGAAUCAUACACAAAGAACCUUACCAGGUCAUGGUCCGAUAUAGCCGUUGCAGUCCUUGACCCUGAGAUAUGGAAGUUCCCUGAGACCUACGUCAAACCUCUUGACGAGGCAGAGGCCCAGAUCGCCCGUGAGACCCGCCAAGCAUAUGAGGUUAUCAAGUCCAAAGCCAAGAAGUUCGUCAAUGAUGUUGACUUAGUCACGGAAGACAAGCUAGAACUUAAUGGGGAGAGCAGUGAAUGGAAGAUUAUUCUGGCCGACACCAAACGAGAACUCAAUGCCUACCUCGAAGAUCUUGAAGAAAGCGAAGUACGGUCGCUCGCAGAGAUCAUCGACUACAACAUCAAGCAUGCGGUUAAAGAGCUGCCUUCGCACCAUCCGCGACAAGAUACAUUUACAAAUUCCCAGGAGCUGGACAUGUCUUCAGAAGACUACGACCGACACCUGGCGCACCUGAGACAGGUUGCGAGGGACGAAGGAGUAGAUCGAGUCCUCAAUACUUACGGGGUCGAUGUGAUCCUCGGCCCUACAGACUCUGGUCUCACAUCCAUUGCGGCAGCUGGAGGGCUCCCGCUCUGUUCAAUGCCCCUGGGAUAUCUGGACUACAAUGGCCGGCCAUUUGGUGUUUCGGCCAUCGCUGGUCGAAACCAAGAAGCCCUACUGGUCAAAGUCAUGAGUGCUUGGGAAGCUACUUUCCCUUCGCGACGCCCACCUCCAGAGCUAGUUGCGUCGUCCUGA